UCCAUUGAAGGGGGAGAGGGGGGGCACGGCAGCGUUCGUCCCCUGCCCUGGCUGGGUGGUCUCCAGCCACUCUCACGUGCGCCAGGGCCGUGCUCGUGGCCACCCAGGUGGCAGGACAGACCCCGCCGCCGCUGCAGCAGCUGCACGCCGCACCAGCCCCACUCCGGGAAGGCGGCUGCGGGGGCCCAGCUAGAGGGAUGCUGGCAGCCUUGCUGGGGACCGCCCCCAUGCCGCAUGCUCGGCCCUGCGUGCCGGGGCCCAGGCGCAGAGCCGCACUGCGGGCUAGGCUGGACGCGGCAGCAGCGAUGCUCCAGCGCUGAGCGCAGUCAGCACACCAUGGGGCGUCCCAGGGGGUGGCCGGGGGCUGCCCUUGCCUGCCGCCUGCUGCUGCUCGGCCUCCCGGUGCUCUGCUCAGCAGGGCUGGGGGAGCUGGGCCCCACCAUCGACGGGCAGCCGCUGGCAGUGUGCACGCUUCUGGAGGAGGAGAGCCAUGCCUUCACCUGCCGGGCCCCCCGGCCGGCCCCCGGUGCCACGCUGGCGUGGUACCUCGACGGCCGGAAGCAGGAGGCAAACUGCUCAGCCGCGGGCACUGCCAGCACCCUCACCCUCACCGCCCGGCGCACCGACCGCGAGCUCAACUGCUCCCUGACGGACCCGGCCUCCGGUGAGACCUACAACGCCUCCGUCCUCCUCGACGUGCAGUACAAGCCGGAGAUCCUGCGGGCAGAUGCCCGCUACCAGGAGGUCGAGGGCGCUGGGCUCCUUCUGGUACUCUUUGUGCUGGUGCAAGCCAACCCACCCGCCAGCAUCACCUGGAUUGACCAGGACGGGCGGGUGAUGGCCAACGCCUCUGAGUUCCUCCUCUUGGGUGCCACGCGCUAUCCGGGGCUGGCCAACCACUCGCUUCGCAUUCACCUCAGCCGUGCGGCCGGCAACAUUUCCGUCAGCGCUGCCAACAGUGUCGGCAUCACCACCACUUCCCUCCUACCCCCAGGUCUGCUGGAUGCCCGUGUGGAGCUGCCCCUCCUGGGCGUCACUGUCGGAGCAGCCCUGGCCCUGGGCGCCCUGCUUAGCCUGGGCUCCUGCGCCGCCUGCCUAGCAUGCCGCUGGCCCAAGACGGUGCCAGGUGAGGGGCGAGCAGAAGGGAGCAGCCCGCUCAGCCGGUGCUCCCGUUGCAGCAGCUCCGAGCACCCGCAGCCCUGGGGCACGCGCUUGCCCCGCCAGACCCGGUCCCUGCCACCUGACCUGCGCCUUGGUGACCUCGCGCAGCAGGCCAGAGCUGCCCCCGCGGAUGCAGGAACCGGUGCCAGGGGAGAGGAGGGCGCGCUGCCGGGGCCAGAGAACUUCCUGGUCCUCAGCAAGCUCGGUUUUGUCCAGCUCCCGAUGUCCGGGCGCAUCUACAAAGUGCCCAGCAUGAGCAGCGACGAGAUCUGGCUGUGAGACGCAGCGUGGUGCCCGUGAGCCAGGGCUGCCCGGCCCUAGGUACGUACCAGCAUCUGGAGGAGCGCAGCCGAGGGUGCCAGGGAGGCCGUGCUGGGUGGCAGGCACUGACCAGCCCCCAGCUAUAUGUGAAGGUCAUGGCAGCUGCGCCAUUAGCCAAGGCAUGAUUUAUGCAACCCGUGCGCUUUACGAAUAGACUAUUAUAAUCAAAACUCAUCCAAGCUGUUUAUAGCCAGGCUCUGCCAAACUGCUAGCGCUGUGAUUCCCCCUGGGGUAAGGCCCAGCACCAGCCUUGCUUUAGCAGGUUUGUGGCCUGCUUGCUGCGUGAUCCUCCCCGCCCCUGCCAGAGCUGUGGCAGACGCGUGGGCAAGCAGCGUGGCGGGGGCUGGAAAGAGCCGUCCCAACAGCAAUAAACUAAACUCAAGCGUC